CGAAUAAGUAAAUAUCAAUGUGCGAUUUAUAGAAAUAAAGGGUAAAUUUAUUCACAUAACUCAAUGAUUUUCACUAUAAACUAAUUAUAAUGAGAACAGAUUUUAUGUGUUUGUUAUUCGCAAUUGCUCUAAACUCAAUUCUAUGUGUAACAGUCCAUCGUAACAGUCAAUUGAAUCAAGACCAUGAAAGAAUUAAUGCAACAAUGGAAGAAGGAAUCUCAGAUUCAACAAAACACAAUUCUGACUUCAGGAAAACGGAAACGAGAGAUAAUACAAAUAGACAGUCCCUGGGAAAAACGGAAGAUUCACAUUCAAGUAAAAAUGAUGAUGUCGGAUUCCACUCUUCACAACGAAAAUUCCAACUCAAAUACGCAAAUCAAAGAAGAAGUGAUAUUUAUACUACCGGUUACCAAACAUUCCUCGGAAAACGUAGACGAGGCAGUAAAUCACAUGUGAAAACCAUAUUCAGAAAACGUUCUGGCUACAAUCACAAUGGUCAAAAGAAACGAAGUUCCACAUUCGAAAGUUAUGGUGAGGCAGACAGUUUCGAUAGAAAGAAAAUACGUGAUGUGUUCGAUGUGAAUGGAUAUAUUUCGGAGGGUCGAAAGCGUAGUAAACUCGGUGGAUACAUCCAAGAAAAUCAACAUGCGUUUAUGUCAGGUGGACAUAAGUCGCAAAUUUCUCGAAAUGAUAGCAUAUCCCUUGAGGGCAGUGGUAGCUCCGUAAGUGACACAAUAAAUCAAGGAUCUAAUACUCGCACUUUUAAGGACAUUAAAAGGAAUUCAAGCAGUAGCCUAGCACGACGUCGAAGAUGAAUUAAAUAAAUAUCUUAAAUUUACACGUCCACACGUUAAUGGAGAUUCCUUGUUCGAAAUUAAUAUUCAGUUUCCCAUUACUGUUCCUUCGAGAAUCAUAAUAAAUUAAACUAUAUCAACCAUGAACUAGUGACAUAAACUGACAAUGAAUUCCAUCCAUCAUCUGUUCACAUCAACAAUCAAUAUGAUUUUGUUCUUGCCAAUCCCUCAUUCUUUUCUUUAAAAUCUUUUUUCACAAUCAAUGUGUGUUAGCUACAUUAGGUACACUCUCAUCAUCAUAUUGAGUCCUAGUUUACGAAAUUCACUACUUUCAUCUCCCUCAUCACCAGAAGAUGAAAUCUCUUGAAAACCAUUUGUAUUCUUCUAAAUCACAUUUGCAAUCCCUAAUAAUUC